AUGUACGUGAGCUACCUGCUGGAGAAAGAGAGCCCCUCCAUGUACCCCGGUUCGGUGCGCCACGCGGGGGGGCUGAACUUGAGCGCCGCGCAGAACUUCGUGGGCGCUCCGCAGUACCCGGACUACGGCGCCUACCACAUGCCCGCUGGGAUCGGACUGGACAACGCUCAGUCGCCAGGGUCGCCCUGGUCAGCCGCCUACGGCGCGCCCCUGCGAGACGAGUGGAACGGCUAUGGGCAGGCGGGCGGCCCCGGGACGGCCCCGGCGGCCGCCGCCGCCGCCGCCGCCCUGCACGGACCCAGCCCGGCCGCCUUGGCUUACAGCCCCGCCGGAGACUACCUCCCGCACACGCACCAUCCCUCCCAGGGACCUCCGGCGCCCCCCUGCGGGGUCCCCCCUUCCACGGGGCUGAUGCAGCCUCUCAACCCGCCGCUCGGGUCGGAUCCUCUCUCCCCUGGCGGCCAGCGGCGGAACUUCUGCGACUGGAUGAGGAAGCCCACGGCGGGGGGACCCGUGAAAACCAGGACGAAAGACAAAUACCGUGUGGUUUACACAGAUCACCAGCGACUUGAGUUGGAGAAGGAGUUUCAUUAUAGCCGUUACAUCACCAUUCGGAGAAAAGCUGAGCUAGCAGCCACACUGGGAUUGUCAGAGAGACAAGUGAAAAUCUGGUUUCAAAAUAGGCGGGCAAAAGAAAGGAAAAUCAACAAGAAAAAGUUACAACAAUCUCAGCCUGGAUCGGAACCCCUGAGUCCCGUCUCCUCCAUGCAGGCAGGGACACCUGGCUCUGUUCCCAGUGGAGGUGUGUUGGGUGCUACUGGCUUGACCCCAACUGUUGCACAGUGA